ACUGUGUACAUCGCGCCGCAACGCGUCGCGGCGGCACCCAGCUCGCGUCCGAGUCUCGACUCUCAUUCACCGAGUUCUCGACGACCGAGGCAAAGGAGCGAUCCUUUCAGGUCCCCUGUUCGCAGCGGAGCAGCGACCAUGUCCCACCAUCUAUUCUUGCUCUCGCCUUCCGACACACCACUCUAUAGUCUAACCCAUUACUCCUCGAAGCCAGCCCAGACGACGACGACCUCCCCUCUUGCGUCAAAUCUACCGAGCUGGUCCACGUCUGCCUUUGCUGGUACCUUGACUGCCCUGUCCGGAGCAACAAGCGCCACCCAGGCGCACCAUGCGCAAGGCGGUACAGUUAGGAUCGGUGGUGGCCAGGACAGACAUGUUAUACAGAUGAUCGCCAACGCGAGCCUAGAUGUGAUCGAGGAGGUAGUGCGGAAGGAUAACACGAUGUAUCUGAAAUCCGUGGACAAGUUCAACGAGUGGACGAUCUCCGCGUUCGUCACUCCAGGAAAUAUGAAGUUUGUGUUGCUGCACGAAGCCCGCAACGACGACGGGAUCAAGUCGUUCUUCCACGAAGUCUGGGAGCUAUACGUGAAAACAAUGCUCAAUCCCUUCCACACCGCCCACACGCCGAUCCGGAGUCCGGUGUUUGACGCGAAAGUGAGAGCGAGCGCGAAGAAGUACCUGUAAACCUAGGAGGGCCCACCACGAGGUGGGGUUCACCGCACGCUGGCUGUCAGCCACCAUCAGGAGGUCAAGUGCCGGCGUCUUUGCUGGCCCUGUCCUAUUGUUCUGGCCACCCAUUCCUCAGAGGCCGCGGACUUGUGAGAGGCGUACAUAGAGUGUAUUUGUAGGCAGUCGCAGGCAGAGAGCACCAGGCAAUGCAAUGCAGUGCGGAGACAAUUGCGACGAGCGUGGGCUGGAGCGCGGGG